CAUUUUUUGUUGACGUUGUGAUAAGAUUUUUGCGGUUUUUGCAAAGUUUUUUAUAAACAUUUUUAACAUAUUUGCAUUCAUUUAUAUAAAAAGUUUUCGCACAAUGAAGAGUAUUUACGAAUGACCUGAAUACUUAAUAACUUGAGGAAGAGAAGGAAGUCCCUUUUACACCAUACACGAAAAUCAAUUUUUCCUAUAUAUCCCUAUAUGAAACCUUAUGCAUAAAUCCUCUAAAAAUAGAACAUUAAUUAAAGUACCACGAGUUUCUUGAGUAAAUUGUCCUUUCCGAAAAGAACAAAGUUGAUUCAGUCGCUCGCUGUAUCUCGACCAGGCUUCAAGCAGAAUUCUUGUUGUAUUUCUUUAACCUACCAGAAAUAAAAUAGAAAUAUUUUUUCUUCCUUUUUGCUAAACAACGAUGUACCAGGAUUUAUCGGAGGAACACCCACGAAAGCUGAUUCCUGAACUCUGCAGACAGUUCUACAAUCUGGGAUGGGUAACCGGAACGGGAGGAGGAAUAAGCAUGAAGCUGGAUUCUAUUUAUUAUUGCAGUGAGGAAAUUUACAUUGCACCAUCCGGCGUUCAGAAGGAACGCAUCCUGCCUGAAGAUCUUUUCAUUCAAAACAUUGAUGGGGAGGACUUGCAACUUCCGCCUGAAUACAAAAAGUUAUCAAAAAGCCAAUGUACACCGCUCUUCAUGUUGGCAUACAAGCAUCGCAAUGCUGGAUCUGUAAUUCACACUCAUUCCCCGAAUGCAGUCAUGGCCACUCUUCUCUGGGAAGGAUCUGAAUUUCGAUGCAGUCACUUGGAAAUGAUAAAAGGAAUAUAUGAUUCUAAAUUGAAACGCUACUUGCGUUACGAUGAGGAGCUUGUGGUUCCCAUAAUUGAAAAUACGUGCUUCGAGAGGGAUCUUGAGGAAUAUCUUUUUAAGGCCAUGGAAGCAUAUCCCGGUACACAUGCUGUCCUUGUUCGUCGUCAUGGUAUCUACGUAUGGGGUGAUUCGUGGCAAAAAGCAAAGACAAUGACCGAAUGCUACGACUAUCUCUUUAGCAUCGCGGUGGAAAUGAAAAAAUGCGGUCUCAACCCUUCGAAAUUUUAAAAUUGAGAAGCAUGCAUGCUCCUUAAAAAUGUUUUCUGUAUGGUAUAAUCUUGAGAAAAAAAAUUAAAGGACGUUGCUGAAGUAA